ACCGCCACAAGCCAAUGGGGCUACACUCAGACGCGGCCUCCACCGGGGCAGCUGUGGAGGGGCAUCACUCCUCCCCUUUCUUGAUAGGUACUUAACCGCUUCAUCUUACAUCCGAACAACACGACCUCUGUCCUCAUCGCCGGUUUCCCUUCAGCCUUUUCUUCAACAUAAACAAACCUUUCGCCGCUUAUCAAAAUGGAUCGCAUCAAGGAGAAAAUGAACCAGCUCCGUCUGGAGGCCGACGAGGCCAGCGGCAAGGUUGAGGAGCUCCAGAGCAAGGUUAAGGUUCUCGAGCAAGAGAACCUGUCAAAGGAGCAGGAAAUCACUUCCCUCCAGCACAAGAACAACCUCCUCGAGGGCGAGGUCGAGAAGCUUGAGAACGCCGUAAAGGACUUCAAGAAGGCCGCCGACGAAGGCCAGCAGCACGGCACUCAGAACGAAACCCUUCAGCGAAGGCUGCAACUCCUCGAGGAGGAGGCCGAGGAUGCCGACAAGACACUCCGUGAGGCCAACGAGAAGCUCCGACAGACCGACGUCAAGGCCGGACACUUCGAGCGAAAGGUGCAAGCCCUUGAGAACGAGCGUGAUCAGUGGGAGUCCAAGUACGAGGAGAUGUCGCAGAAGUACAACGCCCUCCAGAAGGAGCUGGAGGAGCUCCAGGCCGAGAUUGGCAACAUCUAAUUUAUCCUCAAGCUUUAAAGCACUCGCGCCGGAUGCAGGAUCCAUGUUCGUUAGCAUGUCCUCAGACAUCAGUAUACUCGUCCAGUUGUAUGAUGCCUUGGUUGCAGGUAUUUCCAGGUGUUGGCCAAAUGAGCGAAUGGAGCAGUUGCCGCAUGUCAUGUUACGUUUCUACUACUAGCUGAUUGAAGCUGGCUUUUCUCAAAGGGUAUCUUUUGUAAAUGGUGCGCUUCUUACAUCCUUCUAUGUUGUCCAAGUCCAUUGAGCUCCGACGUACUUUAUCAUGCUCUCCUUUUUGCCUUCUUGAUUCUCUGCUUCUUAUCCGUCAACUGCCUCUCGAACUUGGUCUCGUAUCGGAACUUCUUCUUCUUCUUCUUGGGUUCCCGUCGUGACUUUGCUUUUUGAUCGUCCUUGGGUUCUUCAACCUUUUUAUCCUCCUCAUUGUCCUUGUCGUCGACUUGGGGUUUGUGUAAUCCAUCUCUUGUCACCGACACAGACUCGACCGUGACAGUGGUGUAACGAUCUUCGUCAAUGUACUCUUCUUCGUGAUCGACAAUAUCCAGCUCUGGCUGAUCAGGAAAACCGUCCCACUCCCCGUCUUCCUCGUCAGAUUCCUGCUCAACCGCUCCAGCAGCUUCCGACUCCUGCAAUAAUCUGUUUACGGUCUGGACGUGCUCUUCGACAUCGCGCUUUCGUUCUUCUCGUAUCUAAGUAGAAUAAUUUAGUACAAUUCGAAAGUGAAAGUCGUAAUCUCGCUUGAGAAUUUGGCGUACCUGUUUUCGCAACUCCAGCUUCUCCUGGCGAGCCCUCUUGGCAGCCUCUUCUUGAGCAUUCUUGAUACGCUGCUGCUUGCGCUUAUGGAAACCAGUCAAAUAUUCUUGUCGCGCCUCGAAGUCGAAGUUAACUUCC